CCGGAACCCGGGGCUGUCAGUGCUGGUGCUGCUGCUCUCUCCGCACCCCGGGCGCCCCUCGCACUAUGGCGGUCCCGCCGCAGCUACGAGCCCUGCUCCAUGCGGUCAACGAACUGUUGCGCAAGCGCCGCUACCACGCUGCUUUGGCCAUGCUUAAGGGCUUCCGGAACGGGGCAGUCUAUGGAGCCAAAAUCCGGGCCCCUCACGCGCUCGUCAUGACCUUUCUCUUCCGGAGUGGCAGCCUCCAGGAGAAGCUGCGGGCCAUCCUGCAAGCCACGUACACCCACUCCCGGAACCUGGCCUGCUUUGUGUUCACCUAUAAGGGGCUCUGCGCCCUGCAGGCCCACGUGCAGGGCGAGACCUACCAGGUGCACUCGUUCCUGGCUGCCUUCAUCGGGGGCUUGCUGGUGUUUGGAGAGAACAAUAACAUCAACAGCCAGAUCAACAUGUACCUGCUCUCCCGCCUCCUGUUUGCCCUGUGCCGCCUGGGCGUGGAGAAGGGCUACAUUCCCGAGCCCAGGUGGGACCCAUUCCCCCUGUUCACCGGGCUGGUGUGGGGGCUGGUGCUGUGGCUUUUUGAGUACCACCGGCCCACUCUGCAGCCGUCCCUGCAGUCCUCCAUGACCUACCUGUACCAGGACAGCAAUGUCUGGCAUGACAUCUCAGACUUCCUCCUCUACAACAAGAGCCUCCCCUCGAAGUGAUGCGGCCCCGAGGUGCUGAUGGGGGCUUCCGCAGCCAAGAUUGUCUCCAGCGGUGAAUCACCCCCAAAGGAUCCUGCCUUCUCAAGAUCAUGGUUCUCAGACUCCAACUUUUAUUGCCCCAGGGUUCCAUUUGCCGAAGCAAAAGCACUGAUCUCCAAGACCAUUAGGUCCUCUCCAAUGGCGGAACGAGUGGUGAAUUGGGCUGCGGGGCCUCGACGUGAUUCCGGCUGUGCUGCUGGCUACUGUGAGACCAGGGAAAGGCCCCCCCCCACACCCCCGGACGUCAGGGGUCAGCGAGCUCAGAGGAGGGCCCUGAAGUCUCUUUCUGGUGGGUUAUGGUCUUUGACCGUUCUAUGUAACAGGAUUCCUUGCUGGGGGGCAGUGGGUUACAAAUAGGUUUUUAGAAAAAAAUUAAAUUCCUGGGCUCAGGUGUUGCUCUAGUGGAGAAGCUCUAGAAUUCCACUGUCCAAUAGAAGCACAGUGUGAUCUGUAUAUGUAAUUGAAAUUUGUCUUAGUAGCCACAUGAAAAAAGGUAGAAAGAAGCAGGUGAGAUUAAUGUUAGUUAUAGAUUUUAACCUGGUAUUUCUAAAAUACUAUCAUUUUAACAUGUAAAAAUGAAUAUAAAAAUUAAUGAGAUAUUUUAUAUUCUUUGUUCUUGUACUAGGUCAUCAGAAUCAGGUAUGUAGUGUCUCCUUACAGUGUGUCUCAAUGGGGACCAGCCAUAUUUCAAGUGCUCAGUAGCCACAUGUGGCUAGUGGCUACCAUAUUGGAUAACACAGACAUGGAACACUUCUAUCCUUGCAGAAAAUUCUAGUGGACAGUGCAGAUAUAGAGCUAGGGGACAUGGAUUUAAGUCCCCACUCCACCACUGUGUAACCUUGGGGAAGGUUCUUAACCUCUCAGAGCCUCAGUUUCUUGUAAAAUGAGGAUAAUCAUAAUACACACCCAGUGUCCACGUUGGAUUUGUGUAACUACAAGAGCUGCUAUUACUACUAAUUACUUCCAUUUAGUGAGCUCCUACUUCCUCCCAGGUGCUUUGCACGUAUUAUUUGUAACCCAUACAAUGACCUUGCCGGUGUGUAUUUUGAUCCUCAUUUCGCAGAUGUGGACACUGAGAAUCAGAGGGGGGAGGUCACUUGCCCAAGAUAAUACAACCAGUAUGAUAGCCAAAUCAGGG